GGCGGGGGUGGUGCCUGCAGCUACUUGGCCCAAUAGUUUUGGAGCGCGCGGGGCCCCGGGAGUGAAGCAGGGGUUGCGUAGGCGUCGGAGCGCGGGAGUUGGCGCGGCGCAGUCAUGGUGGGCCGCUUGAGCGAGGGGGCCAUUGCGGCCAUAAUGCAACAGGGAGAUACAUCCAUAAAACCCAUUCUCCAAGUCAUUAACAUCCGUCCCAUUAUCACAGGGAAUAGUCCGCCCCGUUAUCGACUGCUUAUGAGUGAUGGAUUGAACACUCUGUCCUCUUUCAUGUUGGCAACACAGUUGAACCCUCUCGUUGAGGAAGAACAAUUGUCUAGCAACUGUAUUUGCCAGAUUAACCGAUUCAUUGUUAACACUCUGAAAGAUGGACGGAGAGUAGUUAUUUUGAUGGAGUUAGACAUUUUGAAAUCAGCCGAAGCAGUUGGAUUAAAGAUUGGCAAUCCCGUGCCCUAUAAUGAAGGACAUGGGCAGCAGCAGGUAGUUCCUUCCCCCGUCUCAGCGGCCAGUGCACCAGCCAACAAGCCCCAGCAGCAGAAUGGGAGCUCAGCAAUGGGUUCCACUACAUCUAAGACUUAUGGUGCCUCAAAGACGUUUGGAAAAGCUGGAGGUACCAGCCUCGCGAACAGUGCUGGAGGAACACAGGUCAAAGUGGUACCCAUUGCCAGCCUCACCCCUUACCAAUCCAAGUGGACUAUCUGUGCUCGAGUUACCAAUAAAAGUCAGAUCCGCACCUGGAGCAAUUCCCGAGGGGAAGGGAAGCUUUUCUCCAUAGAACUAGUUGAUGAAAGUGGUGAAAUCAGAGCUACUGCUUUCAAUGAGCAAGUGGACAAGUUCUUUCCCCUUAUCGACAUGAACAAGGUCUAUUAUAUCUCUAAAGGCAUCCUGAAGAUUGCUAACAAACAGUUCACAGCUGUUAAAAAUGACUAUGAGAUGACCUUCAAUAAUGAGACUUCUGUCAUGCCCUGUGAAGAUGGUCAUCAUUUACCUACAGUUCAGUUUGAUUUCACAGGGAUUGGUGACCUGGAGAACAAGCCUAAAGACUCACUUAUAGACAUAAUUGGGAUCUGCAAGAGCUAUGAAGAUGCCACCAAAAUCACAGUGAAGUCUAACAACAGAGAAGUUUCUAAGAGAAAUAUCUAUUUGAUGGACAUGUCAGGGAAAGUGGUGACCGCUACGCUGUGGGGAGAAGAUGCUGAUAGAUUUGAUGGUUCUAGACAACCCGUGAUGGCUAUCAAAGGAGCCAGAGUUUCUGAUUUUGGUGGACGGAGCCUCUCUGUACUAUCUUCAAGCACGGUCAUUGUGAAUCCUGACAUCCCAGAGGCCUAUAAGCUUCGUGGAUGGUUUGACUCGGAAGGACAAGCCUUAGAUGGUGUUUCCAUCUCUGAUCUAAAGAGUGGAGGAACGGGAGGGAGCAACACCAACUGGAAAACUUUAUAUGAGGUUAAAUCCGAGAACUUGGGCCAUGGUGACAAGGCCGACUAUUUUAGCUCUGUGGCGACAGUAGUCUAUCUUCGCAAAGAGAACUGUAUGUAUCAGGCCUGCCCAACUCAGGACUGCAAUAAGAAAGUGAUUGAUCAACAGAAUGGAUUAUACCGCUGUGAGAAGUGCGACAGUGAAUUUCCCAACUUCAAGUACCGCAUGAUCCUGUCAGUAAAUAUUGCUGAUUUUCAGGAGAAUCAGUGGGUCACUUGUUUCCAAGAGUCUGCAGAGGCCAUCAUUGGACAAAGCACUUCUUAUCUUGGGGAGCUAAAGGACAAGAAUGAGCAAGCAUUUGAGGAAAUUUUCCAGAAUGCCAACUUCCGAUCUUUCACAUUCAGGAUCAGGGUGAAACUAGAGACCUACAAUGAUGAGUCUCGAAUUAAGGCCACUGUGAUGGACGUGAAGCCCGUGGACUACAGAGAAUAUGGCAGAAGGCUGAUCAUGAACAUCAGGAGAAACGCGCUAAUGUGAGAAGAGCAGGGCUGAAGGGCUGAUUGGGCAGUUUGCAAAAGCAGAGCUGAGAUGAAACUGAUCCCCCCCCCGCCCCGCCCUGUGUGACAUUUCCACAUUAGCUCCUGUGUGCCGAGGGCCUCUCUGCGGUGGACGAAGCGCUUUCCUCCCUUAGGGCGCGUCUUGGAGCCCAUCGGUGUCCGCUGAUAGGCAAAGGGAAAUGUGCUCCGACGGCUGUGGUGUAAACUGUGUCCGUCCUAGUGGGUCAGCUGGCGGGUAGUGUAGUGCCAGUCACUCCUUCUGUCUUCAGGCUUUUGUCAGUUUUAUUAAGAUUUCAUUGUCUUCAGGCAGGAAUUAUGUCACAAGUAGUAAUUGACCCUAACUUUGCAGACGUGAAAUAAAUUAUGUAACUAGGGUUUCCGCCUCUCCUGUGGUGACACCUUUUCGACUGGGGUUCCCUCUCAGGAGGGGGAGCUGAAAAGUGUUCGUGCGGAACCUGUACUUUAGUGAGUGUGUCUUUCUGGAAUUCAAAGGCUCUCUCUUUCUAGAGGUGCCAUGUAGUUGUUAAUGCUUGGAAUGGCAAUGGGGUAGAAUUAUUAAUCAAAGACAUAUCUUUUAUAUCUGAAGAAUAUCCCUCCUUCAGGGUUUAAUAGACUGAGUCAGAUGGUCUGAUAUUAAUCAAAAUUGUCUCUUCUGAGGAAGGCUGAUAAGCAUGGACUUGCUGUCCCCCAGGGACAUCCAAGCAACUACAAAGCAUUGCUUUAGUUUUCACUUCAAUCAAUGUUGCGUUUUGGCUGGUGAAUGCACACUUUUCUACCUGUACAUAUUUCUUGCACUUGUAUGUUUCAUUUCUUGAUUAAAGCUAUGUUAAAUAGAAGGGAUUUUGAAGGAAGAAGCCCUUUGUUUCCCCUGCUUUGUUUUAAUAAACAGAAUAUUCUCUGCGUGUGAA